AUGGCGUCUCAUUUAAGCACAAAGGAUAGGUUGUUGUCGAUAAUAGAUGACAUGGAACUAAUUGCUAAAGAAAUGAUCGAGGUUUCAAUAGCACCGAAAGCACAAAAGUUGUCAGCCGCUGACCAUGCUCAACUGACUGAUUUACUCCUUGCGAAAGACGCAGAGUUAAAAAAAACUUUAGAAUUAGCUGACGAACAAGCAAAGAUUCAGCAAAAAAUGAAUGAACUAAAAGCUGAAGUAGAUAAUAAGGAUCAGGAUAUUCAUCACUUACAAAGACAGCUUAAAGAUGCUGAACAAAUUUUAGCCACAUCAUUAUAUCAAGCAAGGCAAAAACUAGCAUCAAUUGUAAAGUCAAGGAAGAGGCCAGUUCCAUCGGAAGAAUUGAUAAAAUUUGCUCAUAGAAUUAGUGCAUCAAACGCAGUCAGCGCACCAUUAUCUUGGCAGCCUGGAGAUCCAAGGCGGCCUUAUCCAACAGAUCUCGAAAUGCGAUUAGGGAUGCUUGGUAGACUUUGUGAUUUGCCACUGAACGGCCACACACCAUCCACACUUAAUGAACUACACAGAAUAACUACUGGAGGAGUGCCAGCAUCAGCCACCAACCAAUUCACUUGGCACUCGUCUGGAGAACUUCACAUGUCAGUUGGUGGAGGAAACUCUGUAGCAAUAGAUGGACGAGGAAAAGACGCUCCCAAUCAAGAAGAUGUAGAAGUUAUGUCGACUGAUUCUAGUUCAAGUUCUAGUAGUGACUCACAGUAA